AUGGGGCCUGGCUCGUUUUUCGGCCCGCUUCGUGGACUUGAUGCAUUUGGACGCACAUCCGACGAUGUGCGUAUCCGUACCAAUGUGGGCGCGUUCCUUACGCUGCUGAGCGCGCUGCUCAUCUUUAUUCUGAUGAUCAGUGAGUACUUGGACUAUCGCCGUAUCCAAACGUCGCCACGCCUGGAGGUAGAUUUGAGUCGCGGAGAGAAGCUGGCAGUGAAACUCAAUAUUACGUUCCCGCGUGUGCCUUGUUACCUUCUCUCGCUGGAUAUUGUUGAUGUGGUCGGUGACAACCAAGUGGAUAUUCACCAUGAGAUUGAGCGUCAUCGUCUGGACCGCUUUGGCAAACCGCUUGGGUACGAGGCGGAGCGGGAGCUUGUGGGUGAAGCGCAUCGUAUUGCUGCAGAGCGUGGGCCUAACUAUUGUGGCGAGUGCUACGGUGGUCAGCCGCCGGACAGCGGAUGCUGCAAUUCGUGUGAUGAAGUGCGUGAGGCAUAUGCACGCAAGAACUGGUCCUUCUCAACGCCCGAUGAAAUUGAGCAAUGUCGCCAGGAGCACUGGUCGGAAAACAUCCGUAAACAAAACUCGGAGGGAUGCAAUGUGGCUGGUUUGGUCCAUGUGAACAAGGUGGUAGGCAACUUCCACCUGAGCCCUGGCCGUACGUUCCAGCGCAACAGCAUCCACACGCACGAUCUGGUUCCGUAUCUGCAGGGGUUGGGUGACGAUGUGCACCACUUUGCUCACACCAUCCACCAGUUUAGUUUUGGUACGCCAGAUGAGUUUGCGAUCGAAAAGACGUCGCGUGGCCGUCGUCAGGCGCCGCUAAAGCAGCGUCUGGGGGUGGUCGAUGCCCUGGAAGGUCGGUCCGCGGUGACAGACGACAGUGACUACAUGUUCCAGUACUUCCUCAAGGUUGUGCCGCUGGAAGUGCACAGACUUGAUGGCUACCACGCGAGCACUUAUCAGUACAGUGCUACGUCGUACGAGCGACGCCUUGGCUACGACCCAUCGCUGCAUCGCGAUAAACCAGAUCAGAGCAGUGGUCACAUCGUGCACAGCAUUGAGGGUGUGCCUGGCAUUUUCUUCAACUACGAGAUAUCCCCGCUGCGUGUGGUGCAGUCCGAGUGGCGCCAUUCGUUCUGGCACUUUAUCUCUAAUCUCUGUGCGUUGAUCGGUGGUAUUGUGACGAUCGCCGGCCUCGUCGAUGGCCUGAUAUACCGCUCACGGCGUACGCUAGGCGGCAGCUCGUCGUACGAUGAGGACACUGCUGGUUUGGGAUUGGAUGCAAAACUGUUGUAA